GUGCCGCAAACCCUGUCCCUGGCAAGCGGCCAGCCGCGGCGGUGAUGACGGCGUGCCCCGAUCGCCGGGGGAUCGCCGCUCACCGGGUAAUGGGCGCGUGGGGCGCGCUCGGUGCCGCUGUGCAGCCGGGCCUUGCGCAUGCGCGCCGUGCUCCCGCUGCGGCGGCUGGGCCCGGGCCGGCGGGCGCGCCCCCUGGCGGGGCGGGGGUGGCGGGCGGGCGGGCGCGGCGGGGCCGGUGGCGACAUGCGGGCCCGGCGGCUGUGGGCGCUGCUGGCCGCGCUGCGGGCGGGCUGGUGCCUGCUGCCGCAGGCCGGCUACCUGCACCCCGACGAGUUCUUCCAGUCACCCGAGGUGAUGGCAGGAGAUAUUUUAAACCUACAGGUCUAUUAUCCUUGGGAGUUCCUUUCCAGCUCUCCUUGCAGAACAGUUGUUUUCCCAUUAAUGACAUCUGGAGUUACCUACUGGGUGAUCAAGUCUUUGCAGCAGCUGGACAUAUGUUCAAGUUGCAUCACCAGCUACACCCUUCUUGUAUCACCUCGCUUUCUCUUUACCAUCUUUUCUUUCAUACUUGACUACAGUGUUUAUCAAUUAGCUCCUCUCUGGGAAGCAGAUCCAUGGAAAGCUCUGGUACUUCUUGCUGGAUCGUAUGUCACACUGGUAUUUUAUACAAGAACGUUUACCAACGCGCUUGAAGGACUUCUCUUUGCUCUUCUCAUGGUAUUGGUUUCCUCAAGGAAGGCUGAUGGCAGCUUGGCAGAGCCAACAAGCAGCCCUCUCAUAGGUGUUAUAACAACUGCUGGGUUUUUCAAUAGGCCAACCUUUCUGGCAUUUGCUCUAAUGCCCCUGCUUUACUGGGCAGGUUUAAUUGUUGAUUCUCAAAAGAGCAUUAAAACUGUCAUAAACCACUUCUUGAAGCUUGUCCUAUGCGCAUGUUUUACUGCCAUUGUUUUCAUAACAGCCGACACCUUCUAUUUUACCUCCAUGGGCUUAAACAACCUCUACAGCAUUAAAAAGAGCAGCCUAUUUGAUGUAAUAGGUCAUUUAAAUGAGAAAAUGAUAGUAACUCCUUUCAAUUUUCUCAGCUACAAUCUUAAUCCCCGUAAUCUUGCACUGCACGGGAGUCACCCACGGGUUACACACGUUACAGUCAACGGAAUAAUGCUCUUUGGGAUCUUACAUAUUCUGGCCAUUGUUGCUGGUUUUAAAAUGUUAAAGAAAUAUAUCCAUCAAUUAAUACGGGUCAGAUCUUAUUACCAUGGGUCAUCUGGGCUAUUGGUGCAUUCUGAGGGCAGUCCAACAUUACUGCUGUUUUAUUUUGUUCCUUUGGCAUUUCUCUCCCUCUUCAGUCACCAAGAACCUCGUUUUCUCAUUCCCCUCAUCUUGCCAUUGGUCCUGUUCAGUGCAUCACAGAACAGAGCUAUGAAGUGGAAACAUGUCAUUAUUAUUUUCAAUAUUCUUGGGGCUUUGCUGUUUGGGUGCUUACACCAGGGAGGACUGAUACCAUGUUUGUUUCACUUGGAGAGACUCAUUCAUUCUCCAGAGUCCUCACACCAUCCAGGACACUAUACUCUACUCUUUGCUCACACCUACAUGCCUCCUAGGUCUCUGCUUAAUAUCAAGAAGAGAAACACGCAUAUAGAAGUCAUUGAUAUGGCUGGGUCUGAAGAAGAAACCCUCUGCCAGACACUAGAGCAGCGAGCAAACCAUUUUACCUGCAAUGACUGUCAUGUUUUUGUUAUAAUCCCUGGUACAGUCAGAGCCACAAUUACGAAAUGUGGCGUCUCGUUCAAGAAUGAGACUUUGAUUUUUCCACACUUAUCAAUGGAAGACCCACCACAAAUGCCCUUCCUAUUCAGCGGGGACUGGAGAAGUCAGUUGGGACUAUACAUCCUACAGCUAGACAGAAGGCAGCAGAGCCUUUAGAUUUUGGGAGAACAGGGUUUUCAUUUCUCAGUUCACUUGUGUGCUGCCCAAAGGUGCUGUGAGACCUUCCUCUUCACAGACCCACCUUCAGCACAAGUAGUGGCACUGGGAGCUCCCCCGGAGUCUCUAUUCCCUUUCUUCGUGCUCUUACGCUCACAAGUGUAGGCAGUUCUGAACGGAACCUCCUUAUAAUUUGAGUUAUUCAGCCCCUGUGGUGUUUCAUGUGACCUUGUGUAAUUUUCCUAAUGAGGAAGGAUAAAAUUGGAGCACACCAAAACUGUGAUUCAAGCUUAGCUCUUUCCAUGUGAGAUUUAUUUUUGAAAGUUCUUAUAAUCUCUGACAGAGGAUUUAUGGAUUGUGUGGUUUUUACUGAUAAUGGGCAUUAACUUAGCAGCUGGAGAGAGGUUACAGGACUAGACAAAAGCUGGUUUGACUCAAUAAGGUUUUAUUUUUAUGCUCUUAGAAAUUCAGAGCCUCCUCUCAGUCGUUAGACAAGAUUGCAGUCACCAUAUAGGCACCAGCACUGUAAUACUGUCUUGGGUGGUUCUGUCUUGAAAAAUCCUCAGUGUUGAUCAGACAGAACAUAGAACACGCUUCAGCUUUAAGUACUUGUGCUAAAUCCUACAAUCCAACAUUUGCCUCUUUAGCGUUACUUGCCACAGUUCCAUUCCUGUAGACGUGCUACAUACAUAUUAUAUACAACAGCUUCAGAAUGCUGCGCUUUGAUGGCAUUAAACCUGUCUGUUGUUUAGCUACUGCAAAUGGGGCAGUCCUUCCCUCAUGCGCUCCUGCUGCACAUCUCACAGCUUUCAUUGCUCUGUCACGGCUCUAACACGGACAGCGGUGCACAGCAGCCACCCCCAGGUGAGCUGGUUCAAGGAGCUGCGCAGACAGAAAACAGGUAAUGGGAGGGAUUUGAUCCUUUGUACGUGUUUGACCAGCUGGAUUUCUGAGCUGGCUUACUGCAGGGUUAGAUUCACCCUACCAGCACUGCUGCAGGGGAGCGUGUGAGGAUCUGUGGGAGAGGCUGCAUCCCCUGCGCCACCCCUCCCUUUCAGUAACCGCUCCCCAUUAAUCAGCUUAGUGAAAACGACAGAUCACAUCUGGCUCUCUACUGGACAGCAGUCUGAUUUUUAAAGCAGGCUACAAGUAACUCUUGAGCUUCAGCUAAAGAUGACAUAAAUGCUUAACAGUGUUGCAGAAAUAACCAUUUCUGGUUUUGCCUGCAUGUACUCCUGCAACCAAAACAUCCUGACACGGAUGAAGAGAUUAAUUGGGCACAUGCAUUGUAGGUCAAACCUCUCUCCAUGAAACUAAUCUGACACUUGAAUUUUUUCUGCUCACAAAGGCAGGAAUGCUUUUUGCAGUUCUUCAGCCACACAGCUUUACAUAAGGUAUUAUGAGCCAGGUUUUUAACAAAGACAAGAAUAAUGUAGGUUGAUGCCAGGCUCUAAAAGGAAGCUAGGCAAAAUCCCUGUGUGAAGGAUUUGCCUGUAUCUUCCAAACUAUACACAUGAUCUAGAUUUUUAAGGAACAUAGCUCUUGCACUCUUGUAAAGCAUUUUGUGUCGUCUCCCCCACACGUUCAUCCCACACCCUUCAUCCCUCAUUGACAGUCUGUAAAUUAAAGGUGCAUGUUCUGGGGGGAGGUAGGGGGAGAAGGGGGUGCAUGUAAGUUUCUACUGAUGACUCAUGAAGUAGUGGACAUAGUUAUGAAAGCAUCAUGGUACCAAAUAUAUCUUCCAAGUUCAUUUCCUUUUUUUUCCUCUUACAUUGGGAUGACAGCCACAUGCCACUGCUUGUACUCCAUGUCCUGCUUACUGUUUUCAGCUUUCUUGAACAGUUUAAGUUUUGACAAUUCUUUUCAUAAAACUUACGAUCUCUGGCAAUCUCAGUGAGGUAGAUACUGAAACUCUUCAGGGACGUGAUGGAGCACCAUUCCCACAGCACGACGACUUCUCUACUGCUGCACAGGUAACCUGUGACAGAGCCAGGAAGAGAACCUCGACUACGAAUACUCAGACUGAAAAUACACUGCUUUUGUCUCACCAGCUAGCCCUUCAUCAUUUACACAGUAGAUGGGCUUUUUUCCAUCCGUGCACACCGAAGUCUUUGUUGGUAGGGGGUUUAACUUUACCAGCAAUGCUGGAAAUUGCAUCUCAGGUAAUUUGCAAGGUUCUUUUCAUCUGGGGUGACACAAAGAAUGGAAAUCAUCUUCCCCAGUUAACUAAGCAUCUAGUCAGAUGGACUAAAUAGUGAAACGUGCUAUGAAGGAAGGUUAACUUCUAUAGUCUUGUAUAUGUUGUUAGAUACAGCAAUUUAUGUAAACCAGCCAGUGCAUCACAUACGGUGGACAUCUCCCUCCGUAUUUAUAUUUAGGAUGGCUCUAUUUGUCAUUUCCCCCCCACCCCAAACCCUUCUUGCCACCAUAGACUUCAGGUGUGCUUUCAGGAUAGCUACUGAAUCUCUUUUGCCUACCUGUAAAAUGGGCGAUUAUCCCAUCCAUCACCAUCAUCAUCAACCUUUAGAGCUCUCUUUGUAUCAAAACUGUAUCACAUCUAGAAUAUUACUGUUAUAUAGACAGAAAAUGUUAAAGGAACUCCAGUGAGAAAUCUGGUUUUAUUUCAAGUUUCUUAUCAAACACUUAAAGCGACAAUCUUGACCGUUUUCUGGAUGAUGUUUAAUGUGAGUCUGCCUUCUGCCUGUUACCGAGUGUUGUGGAAAGUGUUGGAAAGUGUAAACCGACUUUGAAA